AUGACGAACCCAGCACUGUGGGCUUUGUUUUUCCUAAUUCAGGUGCCACUCGUGGUGCUGAUCAUUUUCGCAACCCGAGUAUGGCGCAGGCAUCGCCGAUCCGGACUCGAUGAACUCUAUCCUCAAUUUCGCAGGCCCGACAUUGAAGCGAUCCGGCCAAAAAAAGUCCGACCGGUGAUGACCAGCGAAGAUGUCGACCGUCGAUUCCCUACAGUAGGCUAUAGUGCCUGGAAGAGCGCCCACGAAACCCCGAGCCAAGAGAGCGCAGAUCGCCCUUCAACGACAAUAGAGCGAACCACGUCUCGCGGUCCCAGUCAACAAGAAACCCAAAACAAACAAACAUCAGAUGAGGGCGACAAUGCCCACGAGGGUCCUUCCUCCGAGGGCGAUUCACAUUCCGUGUGUGCCAUCUGCGUCGACCAAUUCGACGCCAACGACGAGGUCCGGCCUUUAACCUGCGGACACAUAUUUCAUCCUGCUUGCAUCGAUAUGUGGCUCACUAAGCGACAAGGCUGUUGUCCUUUGUGCAAGGCGGUCUACGCCGGAGUGAGAGCGAGCAUGGAGUCAGACAGAGACGGCGAGGCCGAGGCAUCCACCAUGCCCGAACCCCCUGCAGCAGCGGUGGUGCGCGAGGAAAGAGUCCCUCGGGAGUCUUGA